AUGCUGAAGAUCGCCUCACUUCUUCUCGCGUCCGCGCUACCGGCGUCUGCCCUGCCGGUGUGCCUCGUUCCCCUCGGAUUCGCGCCAGCGGCCAAGCCCUCCAAGUGCCACCCGAACGCGAUGGAGCCCUCGUUGCGCCGUGAGGUGCGCGAGCUCUCGGCCGCUGAGUGGAAGCGUUACACCGACGCGCUGUGGGUGUACAAGAAGGGAACGCGGCUGUGCACUGACUCCUUCCUGCCCACGUACGACGCGGCGGUCGCGUUCCACGGGCUGUCGGCUGACAACGAGACCUACGAUCAGGCCCACAAAGGACCCAAGUUUGGUUCCUUUCACGGCAUGCACCUCGCCGAGGUGGAGCGGUGCCUCCGGCAGAUCGACCCAGAGCUUGAGGGGAUCCCGUAUUGGGACUGGACUAUCGACCCUAUGGGCGUCUUCACGCCACAGCUCUUCGGCUCACCCGGCACAGCCGAAAACAACUUCUCCGUGGUGGACGGCCCGUUCAAAGACUGGCCCAUUCCCAUGUUGAACAGUCCGACCCUGGCAAACCUGCCCUUCAGUCUCGACCUCUUCAAAGGCAACGCGCCGUGCCACGGGCUGCACGACAAGUACUACCCCAUGGCAUUUCAGUUCAACAAGGAGGGUGACGCGCCCUAUGACACUUGCAAGGGCUUCUCGGGCAAGACCCCGAGCGUGAAGGAGUGCUACUCCUACCUAGCGGUGUACGACAAGUACGUCGAGAUGCCAUCUCGCGACGAGCUGUGA